AAAUCUCUGGGAGGAGCCCCGGGGGCACAAAACUGUCUGGUUCCCCGGGCCAGACUGAGAGGGGCAGGGAGCCACACGGACUGGAGCUGCGGCCAGACAUGGGCCGCCCGGGGCUGCUGCCGCUGCUGCUGCUGUCGCUUCAGACCUGCAUUCCAGCCUCCUGGAGCUUGCAGUGCAUGCUGUGUGGGAGGAUCGGGAAAUGCCAGGUGGAAGAGUGUGCCAGUGGCCAGGACCUCUGCAGGACCACGAUCAUGCGCAUAUGGGAAGGAGGUGAAGAGCUGGAGGUGGUGGAGAGAGGCUGUGCCCACCCAGAGAAGAGCAACAGGACCAUGAGCUAUCGGACAGGCAUGCAGAUCAUCACUCUUACAGAGACCCUGUGUGGGACUGACUUGUGCAACCGACCCACCCCUGGUCGGACUUCCACCUUUCCCCGAAUCCGAAGCCGUUACCUCGAAUGUGUUUCCUGCGCCUCAUCAGAUCUGAGCUGUGAGAGGGGCUGGGACCAGAGCCUGCAAUGCCGCAGCCCUACAGAACAGUGCGUGGAAGUGGUGACCUACCAGAGCCUGGAAGGCAGUCCAAGGGAUGAGCACCACACCCGCGGCUGUGGCAACCUUCCGGGCUGCCCAGGCCCCACCGGCUUCCACAACAACCACACCUUCCACUUCCUGCGGUGCUGCAACACCACCAAAUGCAAUGGAGGCCCAGUCCUGGAGCUUCAAAACCUGCCUCUGAAUGGCCUCCAGUGUUACAGCUGUGAGGGGAACAGCACCCAUGGAUGUUCCUCCGAAGAGAUUGCCCUGACCGCCUGCCAAGGCCCCAUGAAUCAAUGUCUGAAAGCCACGGGAACUAAUGGGCUGGGCAACCCGAGCUACACAGUACGAGGUUGUGCAACUUCCUCAUGGUGCCAGAGUCUCCACGUGGCUGAAGCCUUCAGCCUGACCCAUCUCAACGUCUCAUGCUGUACUGGAAACGGCUGUAACCACCCAGUCCUGGAUCACCAGCCCCACAUGGGCGGCGCCCCCCGGCCUGGUCCUGCCCACCUCAGCCUCAUGGCCACCCUGCUUAUAACUGCCAGACUGUGGGGAGGCACUCUCCUCUGGACCUGACCCCCUACACUCCCCCUUCCCUGGCUGGAUCCAGAGGAGCCCUUUGCCCUCCCCUCAGCUCCCAGCCCUGCAGACUUGCUGUGUGACCUCAGGCCAGUGUGCUGCCCUCUCUGGGUCUCAGUUUUCCCAGCUGUCUCACGAAGUUGCAGAACCAGGGGAGAAAAGCUGGAGAAAGACUGCAGGCCAGCAGGAGAGGUCUUGUUAUGUUAGCAUUGUUGUACCAUUGUUGUUAUUAUUAAUUAAUAUUUGUUUUAUUUAAUAUUUUAUACUUAAAGAUUUUUGUACCAGCGAACAAGGCCUGAUCUUCCCUUCUCCGUAGCAUCUCUCUUUGGGAGGAUGAAUGGGCGGGGGGGCACCUUUCACCCACCUCCUGGAAUUGGGGGUCACAUUGUAGGACCCAGGCAUCUGGGGCCCCAGCCUUGGGAGCAGUUCUCCAUGGGCUUCCAUCCUAAGCCACCUCCACAUCAAUUUCUGGGCUCCAACUCACUCACUCAAGCACAAACUUUCCAGUCUCUUCUCCCAAGCUCCAAAGGUCAAGACUACUUUGUUGUUCUAAGGAGAGGCAUCUGCAUUUCCUAGGGGGUUCUGAGACCGGAGAUGAAUGGGAGGGAUAAUCUGAUGGCCAGAACUCCCUGGGGGCCCUGCAGUGAGGAAUCAGGACAGGACUACAUUUCCCCAGAUGCCCCGGUGGCAAGAGAUAAAAGCUGGGCUCUUUUUCCUAGGAUGCCUUCAGACUGACUGAGAAAAAGAACUCUCAUUUCAAUUGGCACCCUUGGGGCACAAUAUUGAAGAAUUCACGUUUCCUAUGAUUUGCUGAGGCAAGCCCAAAGAGACAAAAUUACGUUCCCCAGGACCCUAUGGCUAAUGAAGAAAAGAUAAGACAUCUUCCAUGGUAUUUGAGGGCAGGGAAGGGACGGGUUUCUUUUUAGGACCUCCUCAAAUCACAUAGCACUGAGCGUCACUGUGGUGGCUUAAAGAGGUGGCCUCAGUAUCUCCAUCUCUUUGAACGUGCGUGGCUCUGGGACUGCUUUGACCGUGCCACAUUCUGGGCUUCAAGAAACUGGCUCUGGAGAAGCCAGCUGCCAUGUCAAAAGCUUCCUGUGCUGAGGCUGCUGUGCUCUGGGGACGCCCACACUAUUUCUUGCAUGGACGCCAUGUGGGGAGAGAGCCCCAGAUGUCUCAGCCAUCUCAGCCCAGACACCAGACAAGUGGGCGAAGGAGGGGCCCUAGACGUCGCAACCCCAGCAGAUGUAGCAUGCAGGAGGGUCGGGAAGCCCAGCUGUUUUUGUUUCCCAGGACUGCUGUAGUAACCAACUUUCAAACUGGGUGGCUUCCAGCAACAGAAAUGUAUGCUCUCAGAGUUCUGGAUGCUAGAAGUCUGAAAUCAAGGUGUUGGCAGUGCCGUGCUCUUUCUAAAGUCGCUGGGGAAGGAUCCUUCCUGGCCUCGUCCUGGCUCCUGGGGGUUGCUGACAAUCCUUGGUGUUUCUGGGCUUGCAGCCACGCUACUCCAAUCUCUGCCUCUGUCCUCACGUGGCCUUCUCAGUCAAUGUGGCUGGGCGGCUCCAAAUCUCUCCCUCUCCUUACCAGGACACCACUCAUUGGAUUUAGGGACCUACCCUAAUCCAGUGUGACCUCAUCUUAAUCCUAUCUGCAAAGACCCUAUUUCCAAAUAAGGUCACAUUCAUAGGUCCUAAGGGUUAGAACUUCAAUGUAUGGGGUGGCGGGGAGCGGGGGGAGACACAGUUCAAUCCACAACCCCAGCCAGCAGCCAGAGCCAAGGUUUCAGAUUAAGUGGCCCCAUAUGAACCAUCGCACCCACCUCCAGCUGUUCCAGCCAGCCCAUUUGGGCCCCGGUUCAUCGUGGAGCAGAUAUGUACUGAUCCUGCUGUCCCUUGCUCAAAUU